CGGAUUAGUGUUCUAAGGUAUCAAUCAACCUCCAGCUGCAUCAGAAGCCCGCCUCUUGUAGCCUAAUCAAGUGACGUUCGUGCUUCUGCAGGUGCAAGACGAAGUGCUGCAUCGAAGCAAUAGAAACUGCAAUUAAAAUUGACAUUAAACGAUGGCUUCAGCUACUGAUGCACGCUAUGGGCAGAAGGAGUCCUCUGACCAGAACUUUGACUACAUGUUCAAGAUCCUGAUUAUCGGCAACAGCAGCGUGGGCAAGACCAGCUUCCUGUUCCGCUACGCCGACGACUCCUUCACCCCGGCCUUCGUCAGCACGGUCGGCAUCGACUUCAAGGUCAAGACCAUCUACAGGAACGACAAGAGGAUUAAGCUGCAGAUCUGGGACACGGCCGGUCAGGAGCGCUACAGAACCAUCACCACCGCCUACUACAGGGGAGCCAUGGGCUUCAUCCUCAUGUAUGACAUCACUAACGAGGAGUCCUUCAACGCCGUGCAGGACUGGUCCACUCAGAUCAAGACGUACUCCUGGGACAAUGCACAAGUGCUGCUGGUGGGAAACAAGUGUGACAUGGAAGAUGAGAGGGUGGUUGCAGGAGAGAGAGGCAGGCAGCUUUCUGAACAUCUUGGCUUCGAGUUCUUCGAGGCUAGCGCUAAGGACAACAUCAACGUGAAGCAGACGUUCGAGCGUCUGGUGGACAUUAUCUGCGAGAAGAUGUCUGAGAGUCUGGAUGCUGCAGACCCCGCCGUCACGGGGGCCAAGCAGGGGCCCCAGCUCACCGAGCAGCCGGCGGCCCCUCACCAGGACUGUGCUUGCUAAAGCCCCCCCGCCCUGCCCUACCCCCCAAUCAUCCCUCACCCGCACUGUCUGACCCUUGACACCACCACCUGUUAUGGGUGGGUGGGGCAGGCAAAACUAGGCUCCUCCCCCCUCCCCCUGUUCAGUGUCCUCUGGCCGCCUCCCUCCUUCCCCACUGUGGUCUUAAAGCUGAGGGGAUUUUGACGUCUUUUCUUCAGGGUCCACCAGUAGUUUUAGCUUGUAGUCAGUCUGUGUCUGAAACUGGAAACGCCAUAUUGAAUCUAUUUUUUAAACAAGGCAAGCAAUUGGGACAGAGUUCGUUUGUUUUCCAAAACCCAGACAACCCAAACUGGUUGUGUGCAAGUCUUAUUCCCCACGGUGUGAAAUAGGUACAUGUAGAUGUGUUUUAUAUUGCCAAUGUAGCUCCUUUUUCAUCCUUGUCUCUUCUAGAACCCCAAAUCUGCCUGCAUCUAAUCAAUUGAUUGCCUUCAUUUUCUGUGUAAUCUUGAAAGUUUGUUUUCACAAUCAUUUUUUUCAUGCUUUCGUGUAUUCUAUGAACAAACUGUCGGAAGAAAGCAGUGAUCUUUAACCACAAUAACUGGUAGAUAUGAUAAAUAUGUCCUUAUUUUUUGUUUUUAAAUGUGUAUAUAAAGAAUGUGCAGUAUAUUAUAUCUAUAGAUAUAUGUUUUUGAAAAUGCAUUUUAAAAUAUCUAGAUAACUUUAAAAGAUCUGUACAAAAUGAGAGGCCUAUGUCUUAGAAGUAUCUAAGUUUAUUUUUAAAGGGAAUUGUCACACAGUCAGUCCCCCUGAAAUGAAUCAUUUUUCUGUUUGUCGCAGAUGGGAUGAAAUCUUCAGUAGCCUGCCCUAAGUUAAAACAAACGAUUCUUAACAUUUGCUGCUGAAGAUUCUAGUACCACCCUUAAGUAAUUGGCACUAUAAAUAUGUUAAGACAUGUACAAACCAAUUUGGACACUAUGUAUACUGUAUGACACAUACUCAAACACUAACAAAAAUCAUAUCCUUAACAAGAAUGGUACAUUUGUAGUCAUUGUAUCACAAAUGCAGCAGACACAACGUUACUGCAGAGGUCAGUAUAUUAUUUUUGUUUGUUUGUUGGUUUUUCUUUCAGUAAUACAGAAAUAUUGAAACAAUUUCAUCUUUAUAUACAGUGGCCCUGCUCAGUUGCAUAGAUGUUACAAUUAAAAGCAUGAAAGAAAGCAUAUUAGCAAUGAACUACAAAUAUGAAGAGAGAAUAACUUAAGGUAUAACUCUGCCAAUCUUCUAAAAACAUACACACACAAUUUACACAUUGUUAUUUAUUAUUCUGUAUUUAUUUUUAUUUAUUAUUUGAGUGUCAUAUUCUGUGGUAUAAAUAACGCAUUUGUUCUGCUGCUGCUGGGAUGACGUUGCUGUUUUCGUUCCACCCAUUCUGUGCAUAAGGCCAUUCAUAGGAGUUAGCGGUAGAUCUUCUGUCUGUGACGUAUGCCUGUGAAUGCUGUUCCGGAUUCCCAUGCAGUGAACCUAGGUUUGAAAGAAGUGAGUACAUCAGGGAAGGGAGUGAAAGACUACGGUUGAAAAUAACGACUUGACAAUGACAGAAAACCUGGCGCUAAUGACAAGGACUGUUCAGGCACAAUACCCCCCUUCCCCCAAAUAUUUUAAUAAAUAAAUCACUGGGCAUAGAAGGUGUUUUUUUUUUUUUUUACUGAACUCCAAAGGCAGUGCAAUAUACUAAUGAAGCAUUUGCAUUGUAAUUGUCCUUAUUUGAAGGAUUUGCUUGUGAUGUGGCUAAAGCUAAGUCAGUUGUUGUCCACUGUAGCAGCCAGACGUGUCCCUUAGAUUAUUUUCUGAGUUGCUAUCGACUGGGCUUUGAGUGUGAUGAAAGCACAGGUGCCAAUCACAGUUCUGUCUGCAACAGGAGCGUGUACUGAAGUGUGGAAUUUAUGAACUGUCUGGUAGGACUGAUUGGUAGCUUACAGUGACUUUGAUACAAUGGUUACGGGUAGGUUUUGGUCUUGUAGGUUCCAAAUGUUAGCAGCCAACAAGCACUUUGUUUUCUCAGUGUCCUCUUCUUGUGUAAAAUUCUGCAGUCAUGCUACACACCGUGACUCCAAAUGAGAAUGUCACAGUGAUUGAGUGUCGCCAAAGGUAGGGCUUUCCAAAAACUUAUUUACGCCAGGAAGUCGACUAUGAGGAAAGUGAUUCAUCUUAAUUAUUUGUGCAUGUGAUUUAUAUAUGGAAUCUUCUGUGGACUAAUACAACUGGAAAGGAUGAAAUGGCAAAAAAUUUCCUGAUGUGGCUUUUUGAAAUUAUUUUAUUGAGAGCAUGUCUUGCAUUUCAGAAAGAGAAGUAAUAUUGUAAGCGAAUUAGCAUGGCAGUGUGAUUCUGAGAAAUGAACUAGUGGUCUGAUUAUAAAUACCGUUAUCUUUAUAAAGGGACAGCUUUAUGCAUUAGUGAGGACGUUCGCUGCUUUACUGGAAGUUACGCGUAUCUGUAAGCAUGCCUUGUGACCAAUUUCUCCCUCCUCCCAGUUAAUCCGCAGGUUUCUUUUACGACAAACUGUUGUAAACAUCAUGCAUCCACCCCCCUCCUGUCCCCCAGAAUGGUCUUCCUUUCUGUAAAUACUGAUUGUAAAUAGGUUUUAGUCUUUUGUUUGUGUGAAUUGUGCUGUAAUGAUUCCUCCAGGCUUGCAAAAAGAAAAGCAAAAUAUGGAAAUUAAACUAAAAUAUACUUCUAAAAAAAAUACUUAUUUUCUCUGCAUUCAUUUUAGUCUUGCUUGUGAAUGAUUGUGUCACCUUAGUACAAAGCAAUAUAUGAAAUUAGAGUCAUUUAAAAUGUAAAAGAGGUUGUUGAUAGCAGCUGUGAACAUUUUGUGUGUUUUAUGGUGAUUUUCAUUUUGGGGAAGGAAGAAAGGAGACAAAUGAGGCUCUUUUUCUAUAAUGUUCACAAGGUUUGCUUUAGGCAUGGAACAGUGUCUGUGUUAUGUUCAUAUUUUUUGGCCUGUGUGCUUUUCCAGUGGUUUUUUAUUUGUGAUCUUUUUUUAAUAGCAGGGACUUUAUGGCUACCAUUGGAGUGGCUUUUAGGUCACUGGAACUGAAUAAAUAUUUAAUAAUGAAAUAAUAAAUACCUCAUUUCUCACUCAACCACACAUAUUCAUUUAAUUCUUGUAAAACACCUUCAAAGUUUUUCUUCUAUUGAAGAAAAACGCAAUAUCAAAACACUAAAGCAAGACUGGCAUCUCUGUGCUGAAGAGUAAUUUCAGUUUUCUUCAGUCUAAGGUCUGGUUCAAUAUUCAAUAUUAUCCAAGCCAAAAUUUACACAGCAUAAUGAACACAGCAUCAGUUUUUUGUGAUUUUGAGAAACAAAUUCAGGCAGGUUUCAUGAUUUUCAUACAAACAAUAAUCAGUGUGGCUGCGGCAAAAAUGAAUGGAAAAAUGUAACAUUUUAAAUUCAUUCUGAAGGAAAUAGUGCAUUUUGGUUUGACAGUGUGGGCUUUAGUACGCCAGUUUACCCAAAUUCCAUGAUGGCAUAAGCGUCUUUUUGUGGUUACUUGACAGUAGCAGGCAAUACAGUAGUACUCUGUAUUCGGAUCUGACAAUGUUCUGAGCUGGACCAAAAUGAAUAAAUCCUUAAAAAUCAAACGGUGUAACCACUUAUAUGAAAUACAAGUAUUCUGUCUAGUCUUACUACUAUUUGUUACUGCUGCUUUACAACCUCUUGCAAGGCACUGGUCUGUUUUAUGGUUUUUUCCCCCUGUGUAUACCAGUGAAAAAGACCCUGUUUGUUUUAAGUGUUUGUUUUUGAAUUUAUGAUCAAAUUUUGUUUUCAUGUGCAUCCACUUGGACAUUGCACUGCAAGAUAUGUUUUCUGGGUUUUUGUACAUUUUUUAUUUGUUUUACUUUUGCGGGUCUAUAGUGUAUACAUGAAAAUAAAGUUACUUAUGCAGUAGUUUACACUAUGACAAGAAGGAAAAAAAUGGUGUCAAACUGUUAGAUUGUGAAAAUUUCCAAAUCUGCUGUACAUGUUGUGGAAAAUCAAUAAAACUACAAAAAUAAAAGUUUGUGCCGUUAAGAGGCUACAGUU